UUUCUUGUGGUAUUCUAGAUGGUGAAGAGAAAACCUAUGGUGGCUGUGAAGGGCCAGAUGCUAUGUAUGUUAAAUUGAUUUCCUCUGACGGCCAUGAAUUUAUUGUGAAACGUGAACAUGCAUUAACAUCUGGGACAAUAAAAGCCAUGUUGAGUGGUCCAGGUCAGUUUGCUGAGAAUGAAACCAACGAAGUGAAUUUCAGAGAGAUCCCCUCUCACGUUCUAUCCAAAGUCUGCAUGUAUUUUACUUAUAAAGUUCGUUAUACGAACAGUUCAACAGAAAUCCCAGAAUUCCCCAUUGCACCAGAGAUUGCACUGGAGCUCCUGAUGGCUGCAAACUUCCUAGACUGUUAAAUAAAUAAAUUAUGGGAAAUUACAAUGUUAAAUGAUUUCUUUUGUAUUUAAAAAACCUCAGUUUUGGUUAUUUUAUUUUUUUCUUCCAUCCAUGUAGCAUGUUUGCAUUCUUCUCUGCGUGAUGUACAGUAUGUAACAGUAUCUCCAUUCUACUUUAGCAAAGCAAGUGCACUGAAACGCUUUGCUUCCUGUCAUAUAUAUUCUUUUCCCACACUGUAACAUUAAUAAACCAGUAUGACAA